UUUUUUAAGUCAUCGAGAGAAAGGGAAGAUUAAAGGCUGGUGACGGAACUUUAAUGUUUAUAUCUCCUGUGACGUCAGUGAGAACUGGAACUAACUUGUUUCUGAACACUGAAAGGAAAUGUUUGUUUAAACUGAUAAAAGUGUAACACGAUGUUUUCGUUUAUAAACGGUCAUCGUUCGUAAAUAGAAGAAGCACGAGAGGAAUAAACCACUUGAGGACGUGCUGUUAAGGGAAAAUAAUCAACGUAGGAGUGUUGACGGUAGCGCCGCUUGAUCGCACCACCCUGAACAGGAUGACUUUCCUAUAAAGGCGCUUGCCACUGUGUUUAUACCUCACCUACGUACCUAGAGGAACGGCUCUGAACUGUGUGAUGAUGCAAUUCAUCCCAACGUUGCCAGCGUUUUAGCCGCAGUCCUCUCGUCUGCUCCAGAGUUCUCGGAUUAAAAUUCCGACUCCGUAUAUUCCUCGAACUGGAGAUAAAAACGCAUGUUCGGAUGCAGAAACUGUUCGAGUUUUAGACGUGUACUAGCACUAGCACUGAUUUUAAAGUGCACCUGUUAUGGUUUUGAAACGUGACUAAUUUUGUUGUAAACAUCUCCUACAAUACAUUUACACGCAUCCGAGAUCAAAAUACACUUUAACGUGCUCAUCAUUUAAACUGCAGCGUUAACUUUUUUCCCCCAGUGUCACAAACGAAUGGUUCAAUGAUCCGUUCUAAACGAUUCGUUCUAAACUCCUCCUUUCAGAGAGCAUACUCUGCUCUGAUUGGUCAGCUGUCCCGGUCUGUUGUGAUUGGUCUACCACUGACAGUGUGUUUCAGAAAGGAAACUCCCACUACCGUAACGAGUUUCGGCUCCGUCUGUCAGCCAGCAGCCGAUGAAGACCAGAGGCGGGGUUUUUCGUUAUAAACCUACGUAGGUAAAGUCUGGAAUCACUAAUGAGUCGAUUCAGCUGUUCAGAACCGGUUCCUUUUUUUGGGAGUCGAUAACUCCGUUUGUCCUGCACUUUGAUUUUUUUAAACUUUGCAGACGUUUUACAUUCACAAACCGCUCUAUGACACACUACAUGAAAGGGAAUAUCUGAAAAACCAUAAUAGGUGCACUUUAAUUCAAACACACUGCUGAAAAAAUGACACGCUGGAUAUUAACGACGCACUAUAUCGAUAAAAAUAUCAAUAUUUUUGUCAGAAGACAAAUUCGACAGGUUUUUUGAUUUUCCAGUACGAGUGACUGAAUAUUCUUAAGUAUUAAAAGUUCAUUGCUGUUUGAACGGACGCACUUGCGUUAUUCUGCUAUUAUAUCGUAAUUAUAUCGGUGGCAUAAAAGGGUCUUAAAAUGACAAUAAUAUGGUUUAUCUUGACGAGUCUAUUAGAUACAGUUUUCCAACAUUCCCACGCUGGACUGGAAUCCAGUUGCUGAGUUACCCGACAUUUCCUCGUCGCGGUAUUGGGUCGUACGUCGCCGAUCGGACCUCCUGAUUCUGCCAUGAGGACAGAAAGACUCGCUGACCCAUCCGCAGGCACGAGGAGGCAGAGUAGGUCUUGAUUACCAGAUCCUGCUGGCAUGCUUGUUGGAAGAAUCCGGAUCCAGCACCAGGUUCAGAAGAAGGAGGAUUAAAGCCCGUGGACACUGCUGAGAGUGCGAACCGCUCGACAGAUGGCACCGACCGCCGUGCCCUACAGGAGCCUGGAUCGAGUGCCAAGCCUCGUUCCUCUUCCACAAUCAGGCACGAUGUCCACCUUCCUCUGAUUUAUGUAUGAUCACAUGUGGCCUCCAGUUCUUCUGCUGCUGCUUCUACUUUAAUUUCUCCAGUUAAUGAAGUUUUUCCUGGUUUGAUCUUUGACUCUGAUAAAAGCCCAGUUCUUAUUGUACAUCACAUCCAUCUGAAUCAAUCGCUUCUCUUAUCAUCGGAUUGUGUGGUUCUGCUCGUACCGUGUUAUUACCUUGUGUAAGGUUGUGCUUGUUGCACUGUCUAUCCCUCGAGGCUCUGUUUCAUCCAGCUGUAAACAUGAAGAUGUAUGGGAUGAUGAUGAUGAUAAAAGCUUAUUAAAAUCGAUCCUGCAGAUUAUACUUGUAUUUGCUGGCUUCUUUUUAUUUUUAUUAAGACCCUGAUAGUCUGUUAUUUUUUUUUAAAAAAGACUGCUUUAGUUGUGUUCAUGGUUCUGCAGGUCUGCUGCUUUCCCUUCAGCCGACACACUCUCGCUUCUCUUCAUGAAGCUCUUCACAUUUCUCUGCAGUGCUAUUUAUAGUCCGGUCCAAAAGCCUGAGUUUACUACUGAGAACUGUUUUUAGCUCUGAACUAGGUGAUGUGUUUAUAUAUUUUUAUUUAUUUAUUUAUUUAGACAGGUUUGUUGCUUCUAGGUGUGGCCUGUUCAGCUUUUUAUUUUUAAGUUCUAAUAAGAAAUCGUAGAAUGGGUGUGAUGUUUUCCCCGUGGCCCCGCCUCUCGCCCUCCCCGUGGCCCCGCCUCUCACCCUCCUCGUGGCCCCGCCUCUCGUUCCUUUGUUGCUUGUUGCUGUGACCCCCAGUUGCCCUGCUCCAGUGUCACACUGUUACACCCGUCUGCCUUGUUGCUCUGCUGUCCUGUGGCUUGUCGUGUUGUUGCCAUGUCAACUGUUUGCUUGUCUUGUUGUGUCGCUUGUCUCAUUGUUGCUCUGUCUCACUGUCCCUGCCUUAUUCUGUCAUUUGUGUCUGUGUCAGUCUGUAUGUACGUUAUUACGUACAUUAUUUCAUUGUUGUCUUGUCUCUCUAUCGCACGUCGCUUGUCUUCGUCACCCUGGUGCUUUUUGUUGCCAUGACAGCCUACCCGUGUCACAUCGUUAGCCGUGUCUCCCAUGUUAUUCUGUCUUCCUGUUCCAUGUCCCCUUGUGUCUUCGUUGCCCUGUUGCUGUGUAGAAUAGAACAGGAAACGUCCCCAUGUCAUGGCCUGGCAAAGGAAAUAAAUGGCCCCCUGUCGCUUUUGGGUUAUAGUUUCUGAACACUUACAAGAUUUUACUAAAAGCAAAAAAAAAAACCCUUCAUUCAUUGUUUGUGCCCUCUUGUCCAAUUCAGGGGUAUGUUGAAUCUGGAACCUGUCCUAGAAAGACUGGAUGCAAAGCAGGGAUGCAUGGAUUUGCCCAUGAAGAAGAAGAAGAAGAAUACAUUGAGAAGAUUUUUCUUUCUAUUAGUUAAUAUUAGUUCUUUCUAUUAGUGGAGAGCCGAACUGUAAGCUGGGUUUAAAUGAGUGUGAGGGUUGGUGAAGUAAACACUGAACUGCUGAUCUGUGCGUGAUCGGUCUGAUGGGAGGAUUAGAGUGACCCAAAUCCUCCAAACCAGCCAAGGGAAUGCAGAGGUGCACAAACUUCUGAAGCCUGUAUGUCAUCAGAUUGCGGAUCGCGGAAGGUACGUCUUUGAGUCUGCAUAUACAACCUGUGUGUAUGUGUAUAUGUACGUCAUUCCCAGUGAAGUAGGCGUGCCCAUGUGCCUGUCAGUCCUAGAGUCGGAGGCAUGUCCUUGGUCAGUCUGUCUCACUGAUGGAGGCAGGUUUCUGUGCCUGUCAGAUCUAGUGCUGUAGGCGUGGCCUGGGACAGUAAUUCUCACCGAAUGAGGCGUGAUCUUGAGCAGUCUUUCCCAUGAAGUGGGCGUGUCCUUGGGCAGUGUUUCCAGUGAAGGCAGGUGUGUCUUUGGGCAGUCUUUCCCAUGGAGUAGGUGUGUGCUUAGGCAGUGUUUCCAGUGAAGGUAGGUGUGUCCUUGGGCAGUCUUUCCAGUGAAGGUAGGCGUGUCCUUCUGCAGUCUUUUUCCAGUGAAGGCAUCACUCCCACACAAACCGAGAGUCCGCAGCCGCUGGAGGAGAAAGGCGACGCAGAAGGUAACCCUGAACCAGUCAACACCUGAGAAACACACAGGUCUAACAAAAGGAGCAUCCAAAAGGAGGAGGCUUCCCAGCUGCCUGCACGUCUACACCCAGUCUGCAUCCCGUACGUGCGCUGGAUCUGUUUAUUUAUCAUCGGGGGGGGAGGAGGCUGAUCGAUCUUGGAGCAUGAAGCCCAGCUGCUGAGACGGCGCUCACACACACUCCGCUUACCCGGCUGGAUGUGUGUGUCCCUUGCCGGAGUCCAGAGCCGAAAACACCACGGCGGCCUCCCGGAGCCCAGCGGAGAUGCCCACCGAGACGCUGCCGCCAGAUAGCAAGGCGUUGGGCGCUGGUGGCGCCGUGGCAUCGGCCGUACCCCUCCGAAUCCUGAACAAAGGUCCCGAAUACUUCAGACGAGCGACCGAACCCAACCCAAAGCGCCUGAGUGCUGUGGAGCGACUUGAGGCUGACAAAGCCAAGUACGUCAAGAGCCAGGAGGUGAUCAACGCAAAGCAGGAACCGGUGAAGCCGCAGGUGCUUGCAAAACGGAGCCCGGGGGUGAGUUCGGCUCUCAAAGCCUCGAAUAAUAAUGCCAAGUCAGACACCUGCGCCAGCACCAAGCGUGAAAAUCUCAACCUGGAGAUCCUGAAGAACCUGCUCAACAGCUCGUCUUCAGCAGAAGGACCUGCUAAAAGCUCGGUUGCCAGGAGCUGGGCGCCAGAAUCCGGGCAUCGUUCCUUUCCGGAGUCCCUAAAUGUCCCAGCUGCGGCCUUUCAGGGCCGGAAAAGCCCCCAGAACCUGAACCUUAGCCGUGGACUUAUGGAGAACCACGGGGCCGAGGGCGAUCGUUUACCGCUCCAUGCCUCUCAGAGCUCCUCGGACAUCCGGCGGUUGUGUAACGGGAAGCCGUUCCGUUCGGGACGCAGCAGCAGCAGCAGCUCGGCUCCUCCGCUGCCCCCAAAACCAAGCGCAAAGGCUUUAGGAAUCUCUGACAACACAAAAUGUCCAGCUGAAACAGAAAGAGAAGCUCGCCGGCCCUCGCUGCAUCGCUCCAAAUCGGACUUGAGCGACCGCUUGGCUCGGUCCGGCGCAGACGCCGAGAGGUUCUUCAACUACUGCGGCCUGGAACCGGACGAGCUCGAGGGUUUCGUCGAAGGCUUUGGUCGCGCCAGCUCCGACAUUGUAUCACUGAACUUCCGUAGCGCCAGCAUGAUCAGCUCGGACUGCGGCCGCUCGCGGCACACCGACGACAACGACGACCUUUCCAACGAGGACGAGGACGAGGAGGAGCGAGUCCCCUACGGGAUCUCUGCUGUGGAGCGCAACGCUCGCGUCAUCAAGUGGCUCUAUAGCAUCAAGCAGGCGCGAGAAUCUCAGAAAGUCUCGCACGUUUGAGGUUUUGAACAAGCCUCUCGCGUGUCUCACUUCUGACUUGGUAUUUCGAUGAACAAGUGCACUGUCUUCAUCUUGAAGGACUGACUGGCGAAACAAAGCCGUUUUGUUUUUCUUUAUAGGUUUACAGCUUUUUUUCUUUUUCUUUUUUCUAAGUUGCUUUCCAGGUCUUCAGAUUCUGCAUGACUUCUUCACACAAAUCACGAAUACCCACGGCCUCCGGCUUGUCGCGUGUCCGUUAAAAGAACAACUCCAGUUCUGAGUGGGCUUAUUGUUCUGUUCUUUCUGCCUCUGUAUGUCAGCUAUCUUUGUUUUCCGUCUCUGUUUGGGCGCACUGAGCCAGGAAGCCAUACGGGAAUGAAUGCAGAGCAUCAGUGUCUUUUAGAUGUCUUUCCUUCUUUAGUUUUCUCUCUUUGCUUGUUUUUUUUUUGUUUUUUUUUUUUAAACGUGUGUAUAUCUGUGUGUGUGUGUGUGUGUGUGUGUGUGUGUGUGUGUUUGAGUGUUUGAGAAUCAGUGUUGCAGAAGCAUGUCUGACCCAGAAAACGACUUCUUUUUUUACAAAAAAAUUAUAAUAAUGGCUUCCAUUAAGAUGAUUACGCACCACAUCGUGUAGUUCCUUCUAUUUAGUUUGUCGUCCAUAACGCUCUCGUUACGAUGCUACUUAUUGUUUUGAUCAGUGUAAAUUCUGUAAGAUUAUGUAUAUAAUUUUCAAUUUCUUGUCAAAGAAAAUCAUAAAGUAAAACAAACACAAAAAAAUCAAAACCCAAUCCCUGGUCUUGUGUGAUGAAGAUCCUGCUAUGCCGUUACAUCCCCUAGCUCUCGCUUUGGUCUUUUUUUUGGGGGGGGGGGGCGUUCGCAUUGCCAGUCUGUAUCCAUGAUCAACUCUGUACAUCCCUGCUCUUAUAACAACAUUAAAUGUUAGGUAUGUUCCACCUGGAGUUGUUCCUUAAAGAUUUGUUUCCGUUAGUUAUUUUGAAUUAUUUCAAUAAAUGGCUAAUUGGCCAUAUCUUUUGCCAUCAGUCACAUUUGUGCAAUGGUAUUUUUAUUAUUAUUAUUAUUAUUUUCUUUUUAAUGAUUUCCCUGUAAAUGAAAACUCCAAUAUAGUUUUCAUCACACAAGUGAUAAACGGCUGAAAUAACGCUGACCGACCUCCGAGAGCUUUCAUUCCUAGCUCACGACUGAACACACCGACGGACAAACAGAAUUGUACUACAGU